GAAUUUUAUAAACUGGAAUAUACAGGUAUUUCAAUAACAAAAUGGAGUCUUAAAAAAGAGAAAACUUAAAAAAUCACAUAAAUUGUUUGACUCCAACGAAAAUUCGUUAAAAUUAAAACUGGAACUAUAACUAAAGAUGUUAUAUUUUAUUUAAAAGUAAAUUUCAAUAUCAGCACUAUACAGAACUUUUUUCGAAUUUCCACAUUAAAAUAGUAUAUGCCCUUUAAAGGUAGAAAAGAUGCAUACAUAUACAAUUUCAUAUCCCUAAUAAACUUGACUUUAAGAGCAAAAAUUGUAUAGCCAAAUACCUAUUUUGAGGGCAUACUCGUACACAACAAAACAUUAAUUUUAAGAAUCCAGUUGGGGUUGUUUUUAUGUCAGCAGUAGCUAACAGUCCAACGUUUAAAUUUGUCGUUUUGAAAUAUGCAAGGAUCUGGUAACGUUGGACUUUAGUAACUGCUGUUUCUGCAACGAAUAUGCAGAGAAAUGUUAAGCAGUAAUUUAUAGUCAAACUGGCCAAAACUAACAAACAUUUUGAGUGCGUCAUUUUAUUAAUUUUUUUAAUAAGCAAUUGAUGGUAGUUGUGAGUCAGACAUCGUCGAGGGUGCAAAAUUCGACUCAACUCAGAUCCAUAAAUUUUUCGGUGCCGGUGCUACUCAGCACUCGCAAAUCGAGUAACACACACUCAAAAUCGUGUGGGUGCUGCGAGUUCUGAGUGAUUGUCAUACUCAAUGCCUUUCUUGCAUUUGCCUUUUUGGCGCCGGAUCAUUUUAGACACUCGGCAUGUGGAUCGUGCAGUCGAUCAUGUUUGCAUUCAUGACGAAAUGGCUUGUGUUUUAUGAGUAUCUGUUCAAGUUUUGAAAACAUCCAAACUAAGUCUAACAAAGUAGUGAGAAUGUAAGAACCUUCUUGUCGCUGCUAGGCACACAAGCAAGAGUGCCGAUCACUGAUAAAUACAUACAUAUGUACAUUUCUCACAGCGUCAUUUGAUGCAUAACAUUUUCGGAAUUAUUUCGCAGAACUUUUUUUUUUGCGUCGCAAUAUCUGGUUGAAUUUUGAAAAAUUUCGCCGGUAUAAGCGGUUUGUCACUACAAGCGGAGACGUCAUAAACGGAGGCCCUUUCUUAUAAGUUUGUAUGGGGACCAACCAAGCCAUCGAGUUUUCGUCGCAAUAACCGGACGGACACUAUAAGCGGAGUCAUUAUAACCGGAUUCUACUGUAUGUUGAAAAGGCACAUGUGACCGAUAACGAUGUAGAAGUUCGAGCGAAAGCCGCAGUUCAGUUUUACCCUACUUGAUACUCAGUGGAAUUAGCGCUGCACUCAGCGUUUUAGGAGUGUUGUUUGCCGCGAUGGACUUGGUUGCAGGAACACACAACAUUUUUAAAUUCUUUUACUCAGUAUUUUCUUACAUGUUUCAGAUCUUCAUUUUCCGCGUGAUGCACUCCCUGUACACAAAUAUUAAAAUGAACAUCUUAAAAGGUCGCGUAUUGGUUCCGCCUUCAGCAGCUGCCGUACCAUUGCAACAAAACGUUCCCACCGCAUAUCCGCCGAACGCAUAUCCUCCCAACGCCGCAUAUAACCCCAACGCCGCAUAUCCCUCCAACGCCGCAUAUCCCUCCAACGCCGCAUAUCCUCCCAACGCAUACCCAACUACCUACCCCACCUAUAAUAAGGUAUAAGUUCGGGAAACCUCGUCUUUGUUACAUGUAUCGCCACUUAUGGAAGCUUACUCAUCGAGAUUCCCAUCACCUUAAUAGGACACCAAAUAAGAGAAUAUAAAAUAUUGACGAAUAUUUACACUGCGAAUAUUUUCAUUAAUAACACGUUGCCUUUAAGCCAUAUGUGCAUUUAUUCAACACUCUUUAGUAUAUAAAACACUUAAAGCCGAAGACCAACAAAAAUAUUUAACUUGUUUACUGCAUACUAUCUAUAUUGUCGUUUAUUACAUUCAA